UAUGGUGGAAGACCGAGGAGCCUCGUCUCCGGGUCCCAUUAUCCUCUCUCCUGCCGAGAGGAGCUCCCGCUGAAGGAAGACCUCCCGACCUCACUCCCACUCCCGCCAUGCCGCUAAUCCAAUGCUCCCCGCGCGUCCUCCUCCUCCGCCGCCAACGCUUCACGCCGCACCACCCAUUCCCCGCUUCCACCUUCGCCCUCCCCGUCCGCCGCUCCACCGCCCUCCGGGCCGAGCCGGAGCCCCAGCCGCCGCCGGACACCUACGACGACAGCGGGGACGGCCCCGUGGAAAUCCGCGCCCCGACGCUGUUCUCCGUCGACGACAACCCCACCCCGCUGCAGGUCGCCACGAGCGUCAUGCUCACGGGUGCCAUCUCCGUCUUCCUCUUCCGCUCCCUCCGCCGCCGCGCUCGCCGCGCCAAGGAGCUCAGGGUGCGGUCCGGCGGGAUGGAGAAGCCCAGGAACCUGAGCGAGGAGGCCCUGGAAGCGCUGAGGAUGGUGAGCACCUCGCCGGUGGAGACUAAUAAGCCGCCGUCGCCCGUGCAGGCGCUGCUCGGGGGAAUCGCGGCUGGGGUCAUCGCGCUAUUCCUGUACAAGUUCGCCACCACCGUCGAGGCCUCGCUCAACCGGCAGACCAUCUCCGACAAUUUCUCGGUUCGCCAGAUAACAGUAACAAUAAGAACAAUUAUAAAUGGGCUGUGCUACCUAGCAACAUUUGUGUUUGGAAUCAACGGAGUGGGAUUGAUACUCUAUUCCCUCCAGCUUACUUUUAACUCUCUCAUGGACGAUGAGACUAGCAGCUCAUCCGUAGAGAAAAUCAGCGAGCAGUCCAGCACAAUGGCUUCAUCUAGUAGCUCCACAAGUGACAGCAUAUCGGACAGUAGUGACUUGCAGCAGAUAUCGGACAAGAAUAAAAACUCAUCGGAAUAGCUGAGUCGAUGCAAUGCAGUUGCCAAAAUUCAAGAGUAGAUACAUAAUAGGAUAAUCCUCGUGAGGAGCCAUUAUUCUCAUCUUAGGCUCUACUGUCGUUUUGGAGUGCAAAUACUAUGCUAAUGAAAUUUCAAUUAGGCUAGUAGUAAAAUGUGGUGAAACAUUUUGGAUUGAACUGCAAAAAUACAUUUGGUACCACAAUGAAUAGCCAUCGGCCCAAAAUUCUCGGCAGAAACUAUUGUUCUACGGUUUGAACAAUGUUAAUCGCAUUUCCUCA